AUGAAAGACGUGUACGUCUCUUCCAGCAUUCAAAUUGCUCCGCAGAGUGACGAUUGCUUUGCGUUUUCGUCGACAUCAAAUGCCAUCGUCUGCUUGUUGCUCAAACUGCUUUACCAAAUACUCCAUUCUCAACCCUGAAGAAGGCUGCUCGAACUGUGCAUUUUCAUUCUGUCGAAAAUGCUUGCCUCACCGUGCUAUCAUUCCACAAUAUGCCAACAAGCCUGUCACCGUCUGCUCACGAUGUUUCGAUAAACUCAAUGCGCAAACGUUGAGGAAUCAGGAGAAAGAUGGCACCAAGAUUACGAGGAUAACUAUUGGUGAUCCGCCGAAUACUCAUCAUUCAGGAGUUGCAAGCACGUCUUCAGCGAAGUGGUGGGGGGAUGGACUGCCUCCCCCGUCUUUAAGAUCUACUAUAGGUCAACCACGGCCUGCUCCACGUCUUUUGCAUACGAAAUUGAACGACGGUGUCGCCAAGGCACCAGAGCAUAAAGGGAGCGAUGACUUAGAAUCGAGGUGGAAGAGAAUGCGUGAGGAAGAUGUUCCCAGUAAAGUCCUCACACUCUCUGAGAUAGAAGAACGUUUAGCUGCUUUGCGAGGAUGCGAUGUAGAACUCAUUCGUCGCCCACGUUGCAUGUUCGAAACGUCUGAAAAGGUUUCCCCUUCGGGGAAUACCGCGGAAGAGCUGAUGAAGCAGGCCAAAGAUCUCGCCGAAAUCGAAGAAAGGUAUGACGAAGACAAGGAAAUGGAGAGGCGGUUUAAGCGAUUGAAAUAUGAGGAUAACUCGCAACCCGGUGAAGCUGCAGACGGAGCUGAUGUGGACCAGCUCACUUCAGGAGCUUCGAAUGACCCACGGUUAUCUACAGUGUCGUCAGCGACUGCCUUUAGUGAGGCGACGGCGAAGGAAUUGGAAGAAAUCAACAGGUAA